UGGAAACCUCACUUCGUCGUCUUCUCUCUCUUUUUCUUCUUCCUUCUUCCUCUCGGUCUCUGAAGCUAUGGAACAAAGAAAUCACCUUUUUCUCACAAUCUCUGCUCUCCUUCUCGCCUUCUUCUCCUUCGCAAGGUCGCAGACGUUCGUCGGAGUGAACUACGGCGAGGUGGCGGACAAUCUCCCGCCGCCGGAGGCGACGGCGAAGCUCCUCAAAUCGACGACCAUAUCGAAGGUCCGGCUCUACGGUGCCGACCCGGCCAUCCUCCGGGCCCUCGCUGGUACGAACAUCUCCGUCGUCAUCGGCGCUGCCAACGGCGACAUCCCCUCCCUGGCGUCCGACCCCGCCGCCGCCUCCCGCUGGGUCGCCGCCAACGUCCUACCCUUCAUUCCCGCCACCACCAUCUCCGUCAUCGCCGUCGGCAACGAGGUCCUCAACUCCGGCGACCCCGGCCUUACCGCCCAGCUCAUCCCGGCCAUGCAGAACCUCGCCUCCGCCGUCGCCGCGGCCGCCCCGAACUCCAACAUCAAGGUGUCUACCGUCAACAUCAUGACCGUCCUCGCCCAGUCCGAGCCCCCCUCCUCUGGAGCCUUCCAUUCCGAUCUUACCUCCGGCCUCAAAGGAAUCCUUCAAUUCCUCACCAAGACCAAUUCCCCCUUUAUGAUCAACCCCUACCCCUACUUCGCCUACCGCGACGAUCCCCGCCCCGAAACCCUAGCUUUUUGCCUGUUUCAACCCAAUUCCGGCCGGUACGACGCUGGAUCCAAGAUCAGGUACACCAACAUGUUCGACGCCCAGCUCGACGCGGUGAAGUCGGCGCUGAAGGGGCUGGGCUUCCCGGAGACGGAGAUCGUCGUAGCCGAGACCGGGUGGCCGUACCGCGGCGACGCCGAUGAAGUCGGCGCGACGGUGGAGAACGCGAAGGCCUACGUCGGGAACCUGGUGGCCCGCCUGAAAUCCAUGGUGGGGACGCCGCUGAUGCCCGGGAAAUCCGUGGACACGUAUAUCUUCGCCCUCUACGACGAGGAUCUCAAGCCCGGGCCAACGUCCGAGCGAUCCUUCGGCCUCUUCCGGCCGGAUCUCUCCAUGACCUACGACGCCGGCCUCUCCAAGUCCAGCUCCACCGCUCAGGGGAACUCGUCAUCGGCUGCGGCGCCGGCGAAGAGGUCGCCGGCGGCGGCGGCGACUGGGUGGUGCGUGCCGAAGGAGGGGGCGACGGAUGAGGAGCUGCAGGCGAAUCUGGACUACGCGUGCGGGCAGGCGGGGGUGGACUGCGGGCCGAUCCAGCCGGGAGGGGCGUGCUACGAGCCCAACACGCUGCGGUCGCACGCGGCCUACGCCAUGAACCAGUUGUACCAGGUCGCCGGCCGGAACCCCUGGAACUGCGACUUCUCGCAGUCGGCGGCGCUCACGUCGGCCAAUCCUAGUUACGCGACGUGUGUGUACCCGGGAAGCCAGUGAUCGGAAGUGGCAGGAGAAAGCGUUAGCUGGAGGGAAGAAUAAAAGACGGUGGUCUUUUCCUUUUAGCUUUUCUAAGAGAGAUGAUGCGUUCCUUGAUGGAGGAGGUAGGUUGAUAGGAUUCGAUGCGUGUUUCUUCUUUCGCAUGGAAUGGAUGCAAUAAUAGAAGCAGGGGAGGAGGUUAGUCUAAUAAUUGAUCGUGUGGGCCUCCAUCUGUGUGCCUUCCCCGCUGAUUGGUAUUUAUUUCUCUGUGGUCCUGCAAAGUUUCAGUACCCUACGUGUUUGUAAACUAGAUUGGGGUGUGGUUAUGCUGACCCCACUUUCUGUAGUUAGAAAGCAAUGUAAAAGUAGGGAAACACGCAACUCUAUCUGCAAGUUGUGUUGGUCUUGGUGUAUGUGUGUAUCUAGAUUUUAAUAAAUUAACUUUCAAUGAAGCUAUGAUGCAACUUUUGUGUA